CAGUGAGUAGGUAGGUAAGUUCACAACAAGGCUAUUCUUUUUGAUACCACUUAGCAGUCUGUUACAUAAUUGAUUGGCGUAUUCAACCAGAUUGAAUACGUUAGCCAAUGGUUAUACUUGUUUAACAGAAACCAUGGAAAAAUCAGGAAUUUCGGAGGCCAAUUCACCCAGCUCCUUGAGAGACAUGAUUCGGGCCAUUUUACAGGAGGAGCUCGAGGCAAGGUCAGGUGGUUAUCGUUCUCGCACUAAUUCGAGAAGUUUAUCCCGAAAGAGUCGACACAGCAGAUCCAUGUCUCGUACCAAUUCACCUCAUCAUUUUAGACGCUCCCGCUCUCGCAUCAGCCGUAGGCGUUCAAGGUCACGCUCUAGGAGUAGUAACAGUCGCAGUCGAUCACCGAGCGUGUCGAGGCGACGUAGAGAGAGACGGGAAUAUUUGCGUCAAGAGAAAAACUCAGGCAGCCCAUCUGAUAAGGUACAGCGUCAGGUAGACUCGGCUGGCCGUUCUCCGUGCGAGGCGGAAGCUCAGAUUCUGACAGGGCCGGACUUGGGAACGGUACCAACUGAGAAAAAUGAUAUGGAGGAUGUUUUGAUGCUUAGUGAAGGUGAGUGUCUCCCAUUAUCGGAAGACAUAUUAAAUAUCCUGGGUGUAGAUCCUAAAAAAGCCAAUAGGUCUAACUUCCAACUACACGGUGCCUUAGCUUCUCGAUGGUCCCACAUUUUGGCCAACGGACUUUCCACCGAGGACACCACCAUCAUUAGAGAAAAACACAUUGUGCCUUCUAACUGUGCCUCUUUACACCCUCCGAAGAUAAACCCCGAAGUGAAAGCCAUUCUCUCUUCUACUCAUUUAACGAGAGAUGCCACCCAUUCCGGGUACCAAUUGAACAUUGGUACCGGACUGACCGCCAUGGGGAAAGCUUUUAACGUCAUUUUGGAAGAAGAAACCCAGAUUCCCAAGGAUAUCAAGGAAAAGAUUUUAUCGAAUUUGACAGAUUCUGCGCGAAUCUUGGCGGCACUCUUUCACGACAUCUCUAAAACUAGAAAGUACCUGAUCAGCCCAGUACUCAACAAAUCAGUUAAAGAACUGACUGAAAACACCUUACCAGGGGAGUUCUUAUUCGGGCCAGAUUUAGGUGAGCGGGCGAAAAAUUUGAAAUCUUUGGAGAAGGCCGGACAGGACUUACGUUUGUCCUCUAUCCCCUCACGCAGUAGCUCUCAAGUGACUCGGUCUUUCAGUAAUCCUGAAAGAAGAGGGGGGGGAGGCAACUCGUCAAAGAAUGUAGGCGCUUUAAACAGGUAUCGCCCGUCUUACCGCAAGAGGGAGGUGAGGCAGCACAAGGGCAAUUCCUCAAAACAGUUUGCUCCGAACAGACAACAGCAGUCCAGAAAACGUUGAAGGUCACAUCCGCUGUCGAAAACCCUUACCCUGGUAGCAGCGAAGUUAUCAGGCAAGCGUUUUUGAGUAGAGAGGUGCCGGAAGCUGCUAUUUCUACAAUCAUCGCCUCAGUCUCCAGAUCCACAUUGCAGCAAUAUAACAGCUCCUACAAAUUGUGGUGGGAAUUUUGCUUUAGUAAUGACAUUUCGAUCUUUAAACCCACAAUCAAAGACGUGGUGUCAUUCUUGCAAGAGUUGACAAAGAAGAAAAACCUCACGUCUGGCACUUUUAAUUCUCAUACAUCUGCUCUUUCACUAAUUUGCU